UGGCAGCGGUGGUGAAGGCGGCUGCUGCCAAUUCAUCGCACCUCGCACUUCUUUUUGUCGGCUGGCGGCUUCUAUGGCGGCGACAAAUGCUAUAUGCCGGCUGUGUACCAUCCGAUGAAAUCUAUGAAACGAAGAGGGAACCGAUGGUCAGCGAGGCGAAGCCCACCAAAUCACGAAAGCGCUCCAAUUCGAAUCACCCCUGCCCGAAGCGGCUUUUCACAAUCCGCGAUUCCAAUCUAUUCGGGGCGAAGGCAUUCAAGACGCGCGCGCGAGCACCGCUUCAACAUCUGACAAUCAUCGAGAAACUGUCUACGGGUGGAACCGAUACCUGCUGGGAUUUGGAUUGUGAUAAUACCAGGAUCAGGACGGCGGGGAGGAAGCGAAGGGACGGUCUUCGCGGACCGUAAGCAACCAAAACAGAAACAAACACACAUACCGCGAGAGUGUUAGGUUAGGCACAAAGGAGCACAAAAUAUGGAGCGAAAUAAAAUGAAAAUCGCUGCGCGGAAUUAUAUUAUUCAGAAGAAAGAAUGAGAAAAAAACAACACUUGGAUUGUGAAAACCGGACGCAAACGAGAAGACGGUUAUGAAUGCUAUGGAUUGAAGGAAUAAAUCUUUAUAAUUUAGAAAGGAAACAUCAGCAGCAUCACCAGUGGAGAAGAUCAGUGUUCUGGGAGGAUGGGAAUGCAGCCUGUGCGCAUAUGCUUUUUUUGGCGGGAGGAGACCGACGGAAGGGAGUCAAAAUGUGCCCUCUUUCCCCUCGUCUGGUGCUUGGGAAGGGGGACUAUAAUUUACAACCUGUGACGGAGUUCUCAUAUACGCCAAACGCCAAGACGCCGACAAUACUUCUAUUUCUUCCUCCUGGUUGGCGGUUGGGGUGGACAUUGGGAAUGCGGGGCAGGAGCGGUGACCAAUGGAGUCAACCUGAUUCCGUCGCUUACUUUUGUGUAUGGUGGCGGCGGGCGGCCGAAGGAAAAAAGGUGUCUAUUUUUAAAGACCGAAAAGGUGGAAUUAA